AUGAGCGCCGCGUCGGAGCUCGCCCAGCGCGCGCUGCGCGAGAAGCCUGGGAUCAAGCGCUACGACUCGACGGACGCCGUCACUGCCCGCGCGCCGCAGGGCGUGCAGGGCGCGCGGGCGAAGAAGCUGCUCGCGGCGCGCGCGCUCGGGUCGCCGGAGCGCCUGCGGCGCUUCGACUCCGCGGACCACUACGCGCGCGCCGCGGCCGCGGCGCCGCCGGCGCCGGCGCCGGCGCCGUCGGGCAAAUGGCUUUCCUGGUGCGCGGUCGCCGCGGGCCUCGUCGCGCGCCACGGCUGCUCGCUCCACCCCUACAGCGGCGAGGCGACGCCGCCGCGCUUCGGCGACUACGAGGCGCACCGCCACUGGAUGGAGGUGACGAUCCACAAACCGCUCGCGGACUGGUACGCCUACGACGUCGACUACUGGGGCCUCGACUACCCGCCGGCCAUGGCCUACCUCGAGUAUGCGCUUGGCAAGCUAUCACACAUCAUCGACCCCGCGUCCGUCGCCCUCGAAACGUCGCGCGGCUACGAGGCGGCCGGCCACCGCGCGUGGAUGCGCGGGUCGGUCCUCGCGCUCGACGGUUUGGUCUUCUGCUCCGCGGUCGUCGCGCUAUCGGGCCGCCUCUACGGCGCGGGCCGCGACCGCGCCGCGGCGAUCCUCGCCGCGCUGCUCUCGCCGGCGCUCGUCCUCGUCGACCACGGCCACUUCCAGUACAACUGCGUGCCCCUGGGGCUCGCGCUGUGGUCCGCGGUCAUGGUCGACGCGCGGCGGCCCCUCGCCGCCGCGGCGCUCUUCUGCCUGGCGCUGAACGCCAAGCAGACCGCGCUCUACUUCGCGCCGGCGGUCUUCUGCGAGCUCCUGGGGCGCGCCCUGGCCGGCGGCGGCGCGUUCGCCGCGGCCGGCGAGGCCCGGGGCCCGCGCGCGGCGGCGCCGCGCGUGCUCGCGCUCGGCGGCGUCGUCGUUGGUUGCUUCGGCCUCUGCUGGCUGCCCCUCGCCGCCGCGGGCGCCGCGGGCGACGCGCUGCGGCGCUGCUUCCCCGUGGAGCGCGGCGUCUUCGAGGACAAGGUCGCGAAUUUCUGGUACGCGGCGCAGGUCGUCCUCCGGGUCCGCGACCGCGCCGCGCCGGGGGCGCUCGUCGCGGCCGCCGCGGCGCUGACCUUCGUCGCGGCCUUCGGCCCCGCGGGCUGGCGCUGCUAUAGAGUGGCGGCGGGCCGCGCGGCGCCGUCGCUCCGGGGCCUGCUCUGGAGCCUCCACGCGGGCGCGCUCGCCUUCUUCCUCUUCUCCUACCACGUCCACGAGAAGGGGAUCAUCGUCGCCGCCGCGCCGCUCGCGGCGCUCCACGGGGACGCGCCCGAGUACGCCGCGGGCUUCGCGCUCCUCGCGGCGUUCUCCAUGCUGCCGCUGCUGCACUUCGAGGGCCUCGCGGUGGCCUACGGCGCGCUCUGCGCGCUCUACGCGGCGACGCUCCCGCGGAGCCGGCGGCCGCGCGCGCGCGUCGCGGGCCUCGCGGCCUUCGCGCUCGUCCACGCGCUGCCCGCGCUCGCGCCGCCGCCGGCGCGCUACCCCGACCUCUACCCCGCGCUCGCGGCGCUCGCGGCCGGGCCGCUCUUCGGCCUCGCCUGGCUCUACGCGUCGCUGAUGGCCGCGACCUGCGACGACAAGGCCAAGGCGGGGUAG